CCCGAUUCGGACGAGGAAAGACUCCGCAACAACAACAAAUAAAAACUCUGAUCAGAGAAAAGAAUGGGGGCAACUUAAGAGCUUCGGGAGAGAGAUUCCUCUCGCAGGACAGACGGGCUUGUUAAAAGUCCAGAAGUAGCAGAAGUGACAGGGACCUUCUUCAGCCUGUCAGCUAGCCAGCCGGAGAGACGGGGAACAGGAUAGGGAAGCAGGGCGGAGCGGGCGCCGCGGAGCCGGUGGAGAAGAUGGCGGGCAGCCCUGAGAAGAGUUCCACGGCACAGGAGCUGAAGGAGCAGGGCAACCGCCUGUUCCUCUGCCGCAAGUACCAGGAGGCUGCUACCUGCUAUAGCAAAGCUAUCAAUCGUAACCCGUCGGUGGCGGUGUACUACACCAACCGGGCCCUUUGUCAUGUGAAGCUGCAGCAGCACGACAAGGCGCUGGCAGACUGCAAGCAUGCCCUGGAGCUGGACAGCCAGUCAGUCAAGGCCCACUUCUUCUUGGGCCAGUGUCACCUGGAGUUGGAGAACUAUGAUGAAGCCAUAGGCAAUCUGCAGAGAGCUUAUAAUUUGGCUAAAGAGCAGCGUCUGAACUUCGGAGACGACAUCCCCAGCGCGCUGCGUAUUGCCAAGAAGAAGCGCUGGAACAGCAUUGAGGAGAAACGCAUCAACCAGGAGAACGAGCUGCACGCCUAUCUCACCAAACUCAUCCUCGCUGAGAAGGAAAGGGAACUGGAAGACUGCAGAGAAAAACAGGAUGACAAUCAAAAUGAGAGCGACAUCAUCAAGAUCAAAUCAAAACACGACAAGUUCCUGAUGGACAUGGACGAGCUCUUCUCCCAAGUGGAUGAAAAGAGAAAAAAGCGUGAGAUCCCGGACUAUCUGUGUGGGAAGAUCAGCUUCGAGCUCAUGCGUGAGCCCUGCAUCACCCCCAGCGGGAUCACCUAUGACCGCAAGGACAUUGAGGAGCACCUACAGCGAGUGGGUCAUUUUGACCCGGUCACCAGGAGCCCCCUGACCCAGGACCAGUUGAUUCCCAAUCUGGCAAUGAAGGAGGUGAUUGACGCCUUUAUCCAGGAGAACGGAUGGGUGGAGGAUUACUGAGGAACCCCUAUCCGCUCCUUCCCAAUCUCCAUCAUUACACUGUCCAUACACGACACCAGACUCCCCCGGAUAUGUUAUGCACGCAAGCUGGAUGAACACACACACACACACACACACACACACACACACACACGGUGGACUAGCAGACAGUUCGUUUGCUUUAUCUCUGCUGUAAAUCUAUCUUUCAUUUCUCUUCAGACGUGGUGUUCAGGUUCUCCUUAUCCCUUUAACCCCCCGUUAGACUUGUUCUACGCCUCCUGUCUCUGUUUAAUCCCCAUUUUCUCGCUUCCUUUCUCGCCCUGUUAUUCUCUCUCAUUCUGUUUUUCUCUCAUCCCUCAAGCCUGACUCCUUCCUUUAUCUGAAAGAGGAAGGGAUGGUUUCUCAGGUCUCUCUCUCUCUGAAUGUGUGUGUGUCUCUUUUUCUUUCUUUCGCUCUCUUACACAGGCAUUCAAUCUCACUAUCUCUCAAUCUUUAACUCUGACUCACACACACACUUCCACUCUUAUUUUGUCUCUCUCGCUCUCUCACACAGUCUGAUUUUCUGUCUAUAUUUCACCAUUUCUCUCUCUCUCUCUCGUGCCACAAUCCUUUGAAAACAUCAGCAUUGCACUCGUGUGUGUCACGGACCGCCAAUUUAGGAAAAAAAAACUUUUUGAAUACAAUCAGUUACUGCAAUUAUUGAUUGGCCUCUUCGUCUGGUGUUCACUCCAGUAUUACUCCAUCAUGUUCUGGUUUUCCUCAACAGACCGGCAAUUUUUCACGAGUCGGAAUACUUCUAUAAUUUGCCCCGUGUCCGAUAUUGGUGGUCCCUUUCGCUGCGGUGGAAAAAUGAAAUGCCAAAAGCCUUGACCUCAGCCGGAGUGACCACUUCGUACACGAGCGUUCGUGACUAGAUUAAGAAGAGUCGUCUGUUAAGGUGUGUAGUUUUGAGCUGAUGGCCAACUCUUCUUCACUGCAUAUCAGACAACCCAUUACAGACAACUGAAACACGUUGUGUGUACAUGUUGAAUGUAUGCCUAAUGUACUCGCAAGGUUUAGGCAUAACCUAACCUAAAAUGUGUCUCACGUAAGUUACAGUAUGAUGUUUUAUUUAAAAAAAAGAAAAAGAAAAAAAAAGGAUCUUACAAAUCAUAACUGGAAGAAGCAGCUGCGUAGAAACAAUACGGUGAUGUAUUUUUCAUGGGAAAAAACUUAAUGUCAACAUUUUGAAUUUUGAUGGCUUCAAAUCAGUUUGCUAGUCCUUUAUGGGGGGGGGGGGUCAUUGAAAACCGCUUUGCAUAAUGCUCCAUGCUAUCUGUGCUGUGUGUGAAGUUGAAAAACCGAAAACAAAAUAUAAAAGCAAGCUGGAGAAACGUGUAAAUGUGUUGGGCCGGGUCUCCUCGGCUGGUGCGAUGCUGGAGUCUCACAUAACGCUUGAAGUGAUUUUUAAAAAAUUUUUUUUGCUUGCCUUUUGCAAAGGUGGAACAAAAAAAAAACUGAACACAAUUUUGGCAAGUCAGCAUCACCUCUAUUUUGAAAGCACUUCCUCUCUCUCGGUGGCGCCAUGGCGGUUUAGAAAAAUGCUUGUUAACAAUCUCGUCUGCAACAAUCUGAGCUGGUUCUUCGUCGGGUCGGAGCUGAAAAGUUCGUUACAGGAGGUUUCAUUUAAAUGCUGGAAGAACAGUUACAAGUCCAUCUUAAAUCUGUACCUCAAAACCAGUUUUGGAGGUCUGGGCAUUCUCCAUUACAACACAUCUGAAGUGAAAAACAGUUUACAGAUCCCUUCCUCCCUCUUUUCUCAAGCUGAGUGUGUGUCUGGUGAUUCGGCCUGUUGAUGUUUCUUUUCUUUCUUUUUUUUUUCGAGUGUACAGGCGAUGUAAAUAUAUUUGCUUGUUGAUCUCAGAUUUUAUUUCUCAACUGAAAAACAGGCUUGUUUUUUUUUUUGAGAAUUCCUAGAGAGAAAACUGUAUUAAAUGUAGAUAUGUUGAUAACAUAAAUGUCUGUUUUGGUUUUCAUUCGUCCUCAUUAAAAU